AGUACGUAUGUGCUGUAGCAAAAUGCCUAAAAUUGAACAAAAUGUAUAAAAAUAAUGCUAUGGAAAGCUAUAGAUGAAUGUCAGAUUUGAGACUUGGCAGUUUUUAAAGAAAUGAUAAAUUAGAGGCCUCCUUGGAGUGAAAAGAUCUGUUUAUGGCAUCUAAUAAAAGCUGUUGCUGCCAUCUGGCUCAGAGUCUCUUACUACUGUUCUUAAUAUUGUUUUGUUAGCUCAUAUUCCAGUGUUGAACUUGGCAUACUGUAUGUGUCUUCAGGGUUUAAUUUAUAAUUCUCAGUAGCAUUCUACAGACUUGGAAAAGCUAUCCUUAAGGUGCAUUUCAUUACCUGUUCUCACACAUCGGGUGUCUAGACAAUUUUGGAAGGAACAGCAGUGUCCAUGUGAAAUCUUUGAUCUGUCAUUUUUAGGAACCUUCUCACUUUGCCCUAUAAUUUUGGGUCGGUACAGAUGAUGGAGAAGAAUGCAACAUCACUUAGUGUAUCUUUUGUGACCCCAUGGACCAGAGCACACCAGGCACUCCUGUCUUCCACUGCCUCCCGCAGUUUGGUCAGACUCAUGUUGGUAGCUUCGAGAACAAUGUUACACUUCAUAAAUUUGUGUUUCACUAAUGUGGGUAGUAUUAAUGUUUCUGAAGAAAAAUGCUUUUUAUCAAACCAUUUAUAGAAAAACUUUAACCUUCCUAAAAUUUAAAUGUCCCCUUUCAGUGGAAUUCCACAGUCUCUACUGAAGUUUAGAAUGAAAAUGUUAGAGCCUGCUCCUUAUAGCGACCUUCCCCAACCACCUGUUCUCCUAAACUUGGGGAAGGCACCAGGUUGGCUAAUAAUAAUAAUAAUGAUAAUAAUAAUAAUUUUUAUUAUUUACACCCCACCCAUCUGGGUGGGUUUCUCCCGCUACCCUGGGCGGCUUACAGACUGCCUUACAGUGUGAGAACCUGAAAUGUGUGGUCCUUCCCACCCAUGAAAUUCUAUCUGUUUAAAAGAGCUAGGUGGUUAUCCACGCAAUCUCUCCGCCUACAUAUUGCAAGUCACUUUCACUGCUAAGAAGCUGCUAGCAGAGCUGAGUAACAGCGUGGGAAACUGAUCUAUUCUGUUUCCAAAUGUCCAACUCCUAUGAUUCAUGAAAUGAAUUUCCAGUCCAGUGACAGCAAAGCAAAACAUGGGUAUGCAAUCUGAGUAAAGAUGAGUCAGGCAAGAAGAAGACUGAUAAAUGCUCAAUUAAAAACAAUUGUGAUAUCAUCACUUUGUUCCCUGCCUCACUGAACUGGAAUGAUUUGGGAGCUGCUCAUGGCAUGGCCAGUUUGGACAUGCUUUGUGUGUGAGGAGUCUAUGUGGUAGCUUUCAAUAGAUCUAAUUUGAAGACGCAAAGGGGAGGAAACACUUCGAGGUGGGGCUACAUCAUCACAUGAUCCUACCAAACUCUUUGUGGGUCUCUAGGUUCAUUGUAAAAAGAGCUGGUAGCAAGCUCAGUCUUGUUAACGUGGCCAAAAUCUAUUGCUAGUUAUUCUGCUAUAUUGGCCUUUAAGGGAGGGGCCUGCAUAUCUGUUUUACUUAUCUUGCUAUAUUUCCCUAAUUACAGUACCUAAUUGGUGGAAGUUCCUUGAGUUGGCCUGCAGAGACAACCCAAGAGGGAAAUGUUUACCAUUGUUAAAGGUCAAAGAGUUACAGAGUUAAGGCUUUCUCAAAUUAGGGUUUAAGAUCUGCAUGGAAGGUUAUAAAUGCCUGGCUUAACCCCCAGGCCCUUGUGCAUUUUCUAAUUGAAUGGUGGUACCAUGAUGGAAAAAGCUAAUGGAGUCUAAAACAUGUAAAGGGUUGCUAAAGGCUGGGCCGGACUGUUGCAGGUAAGGGCUUACAUGGCCCCAUCCCGAGUCCCAAAUAAAUAAUCCUUUAAUAUUGGGGAAAACAUGACCUGUUGGGGCAGAGGUUUCUAUCCUAGCUUCCCCAACUUGCUAGUCUUCUGUGUGGAGGAUUGUGUGUAUGUGAAGGAUAAUUAAAAUACUGUGACCCCAAGUUUACCAUCUCAAUCAAAACUUCACUAGGGAGGAGCAGAGAGAUAGAAGCCAUUAUUUUGGUAGGGCGCAUUGUAUGCACAUGCCAGAAGGCCAGGAAGAGUUUUGGCUUUGCUCCAGCCAUGGUAAGAAUUUGCUUCUAAACCACCUCUCGCUGUCAUAAAGUUUAAUAGUUUAUUCCCCCCCCCAAUAGAAGUUUAUCUGGGACAGGGAACCUGUGGCCCUCCAGAUGUUGUUGGACUCCAGCUCUCAACACCAGCCAACAUGUCCCAAGUGUCAGAAAUGAUGGGAGUUGGGAGCCUACCAAGAUCUGGUGGGCCACAGGUUUCCACCCUGACUUCCAUGGAAGAAACCAACAAGUAGUGUACUAGGGGAUGCCACCCAGGCUCAGGGAUGUAAUCUUUUCUCAAGAACUUUUGUUUCUAAAAGGAAGGGCGACUAUGAGCUACGGGGAACUUUCAAAAGGUACUAUGAGAAAAUAUUUUUUUCCAUUUGUUCACAUAGACAGCUUCUGAGUUAUCUGUGUGUGCGUUCCUUCCUUGAGAAACUUGCAAGGUUUUUAAAGUGUUGGAUUGCCUAAUACCUUGAUUAUAAUCUUGUUGACUUCUCAUGUGCUGGAGCUCCAUAUGAAAUGUAGGCAAGUCUGAUUUCCUGCCAAGAAAAAAGGGAGACAGUUGCCAUGCUGGAAGCAAAUAGAAUAAUUGCUAGAUUUUAUGUAGCUUGUCCUUCAAUUUUCUAUAGAUAGCUUGAGGGCCAUGCCGAGAAAAUGGCAGUGACAUAUGGUAGAUGGCUACUUUUUACAAAAACAGGGCAGAAUUACCGGUAGUUAUUUUUGUGUGUGUUUAAUGGUUGCUUGUUUCAUUUAAUUGUGGCUGCUUUCGCAGGUUGUCGAAUGGACCCAUGAGUGGGUCUUCUAAAUGUAAUAGAGAACAAUGUGGAAUAAGAUGAUGGACAACAAGGCAAUUUAGCAAGCUUGGCUCAGCUUGCUAAACUCAUUCUAUUAAAACUUGGAGCAAACGUACACACCUGUCUAUAAACCCUACUGCUUUUUAUAUUGGUUGCUGUGUGCCCUCAUACAGCCCUGACCUAGUCAGUUAUGUGAAAAAGGUUAUGUGCCCCAAAUGGUAGCAUGGAACAUAUGGCCCUCUAACUCCCAUCAGCCCCAACCAGCAGAGCCAAUGGUGGUGGUAGUUGGAAUCCAACAACAUCUGGAAGGCCACAGAUUCCCCAUCCCUGCUCUAAAUUAGGGCUAGGUUCUGCACAAAACAAUGGCUGAGGUCUCUGGUUCCUUAAGAAACAUUGAUAACAUGAUGGGUUGGAUCAGAACAGAGUACGUCCUGUGAAAUAAGUUAAAUCUCCCAUCCAGUCUGAAGAUGAAGACUCCCAAGAGCUGCAUGAUGCGUAAAUUGACCACAAGAUUUCAUUAUUAUUAUAUGCCCUGUACUGUUGACUCAAUUAACAGUCUCUUCCCAUCUUUGUUUAUAGACAAACUAUGGGGAAAUUAUACAGGAGGAUGUGCUUUGUAGGAAAAAAGGCAACAUAAUUAUCACCUCUGUCACAAUUCGUGAAUUACAUAAAACUUUUGCUAUUCAACUGCAAUAAUGGGGGCAAUCUUAAACCAUAAAGAUUGAGAUGGAAUCUUUGAAAAGCUAAAACAUGAAGACAAUAGGCAUCUGGGGGGGGGGGAGCCAAGAAAUAAUUGGUAUUAAUAUGUUUUGGUUUAUUAGUCUAUCCAUUAAUUACAGAAUGUUUAGCUGAUUUGUUUUCUGCUUUGUAACCAAUUUAGGCUACUACAGUCCUGGGAGUAAAUUCAAUUGAAGUCCAUGGGACUUCUGAGCAGACAUGUAUAGGAUUGUCUGUCCAAAACAUCAAUACUGUACAGUAGAAAGAUACCUUUGUGAGGUACUGAAAGGAGUCUGAAAGAGCUUGCCGUUUAGUACAUGAAAGUUGUCAUUCAUAGCUAGAAGGAAUGUCAAACAUCUCCCUUUUUAUUACAGUAACACUUUGGAUCUAAAAUAGCCUCCGAAAAGAAUGUGUGCUUUAAUUUCUAGUCUUGGGAAUUCAGUUUUGACUUCAACAAUUGGUUCCUGCCAUUGAGUGAUGUUUUAGUCAAUUAAUCAAUUAAUUGAAGCAAUAAAAGCCCAGAUUCUUGCAGCUCACACUACCUGGCACGUCUGAGUUCAAAUCUUCAUUUGCUUGUUUUGCAUCCCUGGUCUGAAGCUUCUAUUUCUGCUCCUUUCAUUAUGGGCUCCAGUAACAGUUUAAUAAUUGAUGCCAGGUGAGACCUUUAGUUGAUGGCUUUUUUUUUCACACUAGCCUUGCAAUCUUCAUUAUCUCUCCCAAGUAGACGGUAGAAGGGCUGUUUUUGACCAGAUAAGCAAGAAAGAGGUAGUAGCUAUUUAGCCAGAAAGUGUAGAACUGGAACUCUCAGCAGUUCUACAGAUUUCAAGGAAACGCUUCUCAAAUAUGCCACAAAAGACAUUAUCCCAGAGAGAACCGCACAGGGCCAAUCUGUUGACGAAACCAUCUCUGCUGGAAAACGCGGCAGGCGGCAAAGGUAUUUCCGCUAUCGAUGGCAGCGGUGCUGGUGCCACAACAUCCUUUACUAAUGGCAAGCCAAGUCUUGACGGGCUUACUGGAAAAUCUCCCCUUUCUACCAUUUCUUUUGGGGAUCAUCAUGCCAAUCUGUGUCGUGGGGCGAGGCCUGUUUGUCGGAUUCGCCCAACCAGUGCUGUGAUCCAAGGAGGCUCUGUUGCUCACAUCAACCGUCUGCAAGGAGAACUUGUGAGAAAAAGGAAGGAAUGCGAGGACCUGAAGAAACAGAACAAAUGCUUGUCAAAUGAGCUGCAUUUGGAAAGAAUUUUUAUGAAAUCGGAAAGCGAGCUGGGCAUGAGAAAUCUCAGAAAUAUAAACCAUGGACUGCAAACACUAGUUAAAGAGCUGAAGCAGAAGCUGAAUGCCUCUCAGCAGACAGCGGCAAAAUACUCCAAGCUUGUGGAGGAGGCCUCUCUGGCGCAGGCAGAAGCUGAGAAAGGCCAAGCGGAGGCUGAAGCCCAGGGAAAGUUGUGUCAGGAGCAGCAGGAAGCAGUUCAACUGGAGAACAUCAGCUUAAAAGAAGAAACCCAGCAGCUGAAGAAAAAGUUAACCGAAAUGCAGCAGCUGCUAGCACAAGUGGAAAAGGCCCACUUUGAAAGUCAGAUGAAACUAGAGAGAAUAACAAUGGAGAGGGAAGUCAUCCGUGAGGAAAAACGAUAUUUGGAGCACGAAAGGAAUGAACUAAAGCAGAAACUGAAAGGAACACUAGAAGAGAAUUUGAAGUGUAAAGAAAGUGAAAUCUCUCAAAGAUGUCGAACAGAAGCUGCUGAAGAAGCCUUAGAGAAAGCAACCUUGCUUCAUUACGAGGCGGAAAGGGGGAAGCGCUUGCUAGAACGGGAGAAAGAAGAGAAGGAAAAACAGUGUGAGAUGUGGAUGAAGAAAUAUAGUGCCAUGGCAGACCUCUGGCAAUCCCAAGAAGAAGAAAAAUCAAGAAGGCAAAAUAAAGCUUGUCAGGUGAAAAUGAAGAGCUAUUUAUUGUGUAUCAAUGAAAGCAAUGAGCACAUAACAGUAUUAAGAAAUGAAGAUGGAACUCCACAGAGAUUUGUGGAAGGAGAGCAAGUUUGUUUUUCAAUCCCUGGUGUUGGCAAUGAAGAAAAGGCCAAGAGCACUGACAGGAUUUUGCACAGAGUUGUCGCACCCAGUUCAAACCUUGGACAUCCUCAGAUGUGUGGACUUUGUCCUGCUGAACUGCAUGAGAAAACACCAGCUAGAAGAGGCAGGAAAAUCAUUGAAUAUUUCUGGUUUCCAGUUGAUGGUAAUACCGAAGAAUGACUGGAGGACAAACACAACCCAAUGAUGGGGGUGGGGGUGGGCAGCUCUUGGACCUUGAGUAGGAGCCACAAUGUUUUUGCUGGAGUGCAAGAUUAAUUGAAGACCUUCCUUGUACUGGCAAGUGAAUGAGGUGAUGAUGAGACUUUUGUUGUGACCGUUUGUCAUAGAUGAAGCCAGAGAAUGAGAAGCUUAAUCCAGCAGAGGUUGGACAAAUCUUUCUUUUUUAAAAAUAGGUUUCCUACUUACCAGCAUUCGAAUUUAAAACACUGCCUUGCACAUCUAAUUAAAGGUUACAUUCCAGUUGCCUGAACAUAUUUUGUUAAGAUGCAAUGUACAUGCAAUGUUGAAUCUAUGCAGCAUAUUUACCUGUAAAACACGAACAAACUGCAUCCAACAGCAGCUGUCCAUCAUAGUUUGUGGCUUUGGAUUGGUGCAGCAGUAUGUAUGUCCCAUAACAGGCCACUUACACAUGUCUAUCUGUUGAGAAAUAAGGGCCAGUUCAUAGAACUAUUAUGUCCAUUAUUGAAAGUAAGCAAAUGGGCCAUCUGAUCAUGAGUGCUUGCAAAGCACUGUGCCUUUGAAAAUAUGGUUUGAUUUCAGAUAGCAAAGAAUAAGUUACCUGACAUCACUUUGACUUGGCCCAAAGGGAGUGGGGGAGCCCAACACGAUUGUUGCCAAGUAUCAGCACGAGGCGAGCUAAAGCUAUAUACUAUUAUGUGGGAAAGGGAUCCUUUUAUUCUACUCCCUUCCAGGUGAGAUCUGAUGGGCCCCCUCCCUGUUGAACUGCAGGUAGGAUUGCCGGACUCACUAGAGGACAGGACUUCUGUGCCUUUAAUUGCCCUGCUCUCUUUUGA